AUGGAUGUGAUGAUCAACUACACAGGAGUCAGUGAAUUUCUACUGGGCUUGUCUGAAGACCCGAGGAUACAAACCCUACAGGGCAUCCUGUUCCUCAUGGUCUACUUGUCAGCCCUGUUAGGAAAUGGACUCAUCAUCAUGCUUAUUACUUGGGAUCCUCAGCUUGACACACCCAUGUACUUCUUGCUGAAGAACCUCUCACUCAUAGAUCUCUGCUACAUUUCUGUCACUGUCCCUAAAUUUGCUCUCAACUCCCUGAUGAACAGGAACACAAUAUCCUUCCUUGGGUGUUUUUUUCAGGUGCUGUUCUUUGCAGGUUUUGGUGCUGCUGAAUUUGCCAUCCUCACAGUGAUGUCCUAUGACCGCUUUGUGGCCAUUUGCCACCCACUACACUAUGAGACCAUCAUGAACAAGGGUGCCUGUGGGCGCAUGGUGGUGGCUUCAUAUGUCAGUGCAUUGGUUUAUGGAGCCAUGCACGCUUCAGCAACAUUUUCAACAAAUUUCAGUUCCAAUAAAAUCCACCAUUUCUUCUGUGAUAUCCCUCAGAUUAUGGUGAUCUCAGACCCCGAAAUGAACAUAGAUGAAGCUUCAGUGACAUUAAUAGGUGUAAUUAUGACAAUAAUGUGUUUCACCUCCAUUUCAUAUUCCUAUGUCAACAUCUUCUCUGCUGUCCUGAAGAUCUCCUCUAAGAAGGGAAGGUCCAAAACCCUGUCCACAUGCAUCCCUCAUCUGGUGGUUGUGUCCUUGUUUAUUUUCACAGCUGCCUUGGCCUACUUGAAGCCGCCCUCCCCUUCUCAGACCAUCCUGGACCUCCUUUUGUCUGUUUCUUAUACUGUGUUGUCUCCAAUCAUGAACCCCAUCAUAUACAGCCUGAGAAAUAAGGAUAUGAAGGCAGCUCUGGAAAGAGUUCUGAUUAAAGAAGUACAGAAAAUAUUUUAA